AUGAUAUCGUUUAUAGCUAUCUGCUGCGUGGCGUACGACGCCUAUCGCAUAGUUAGUGGGUCUACAGAUACUACUAUCUGUGUCUGGAACGCUCGUACCAAUGCCAACUGGAGCACACAGACACUUCGUGGCCACUCUGGCGCUGUGCGUUGCCUCCAACUUCUGCCAUCGCGCGCAAACUCGGUUGUACGGAACUCCACUUCCAAUGAUAUUGCAAAUAACAGAAUUAACACUGGUCGUUGUAUCAAGCCCGGUGUAGCCAAGUCAUCCGUUUUACGUUCACAAUCGCUUGACUCAUCUUCUGUUUUGGCUGUCUCUCAUGAUAAUAUUAAUACAGACUGUUGCCUCUCAACGGUUUCACCACCGCAAUUUCUUCCAGCUGACACAUAUGGAAAAUCCAGCCUCAGUCCUAGUCUAGAUCCACUCUCCGAUUCCACAGGUCGACUUACUGAGACAGUUUCGCCACUGACCACGCCUUCUUACUUAUCCUCUCCUUCAUCCUCCAGUUCAUCAUUCGGACUAGUAUCCUCAUUUCCUUCAAAAUUGCCUAUCAAGUCCUCUGAUACUACACCGGUUUCCAACGCUACUUGUGAAUCACAGACCAUUUCAUCUCCUUUCUUGUCAUCGCCUUCUCUACCAUUUCUCGGUGAUGGUAUGUCCUCGAAUGAUGCCACUAAAGAUUGCCCGUGCUCAGCCGCCAGUCUCAAUGUAUCAGCAACAGAUACCCAGUUUCCGUUUCCUCGGAACUCAAGUAGUGAGGCGGCCUUUCGCUUAGAGGAAGAGGAAGAGGAAGAAGAGGAAAUGAGAGGACAAUCAGAAAAGAAUAUUAAGAAUUUUGCCUCAGCACAAUUUCAUUUAUGCGGAUUAUCCGUAAAAGGUGUGUACUUGCAGGAACCAAAUUCUUUUACAUUAAAAUAG